AUGUUCUCGAUGUCUGCGUUCUUUGCCAGCAACGAAUGGUUAAAGACAAGGGCAACUUCUGCCACACGUGCUCACAUCGACCCGUCUGGGAAGAAGGACAUGAUCGCGUGGGCCGCCGCGGCCUCGGCGGCGGGCGUGGUGCUGGCCGCGGUGAGCACGCCCCUCGAGAACGUGCUCGUGUGGCACGUGGCGCGCAGGACGCAGGAGUCCCCCGCGGGCGUCGCGGCGCACUUCUUGCACGGCGCAGGGACGCGCACCCGCUGGCGCGUCCUCGUCAGUGGGCUUGCCAGGAAGUUGCCGAUGGCACCUGUCGCCGGACUGCCCCUGCUCGCCUACCAGGUCAUGCUGCACAGCGGCCUGUCGCCGGGGCCCCUGCUGACUUCGGGAGACUCUGCCCGCAGACUGGUCCCAACCUACAUGGUGCACCGCCACCGGGCCCACGGCAACUACAUCGACGCGAGGUGCAUCUACGUCAUCCACAACCUUGGGUACCAGGGCAUCAGCCCCCUUAAGGAUGGCGACUUCAACAAUUUUAACCAGCUGGGUCUCCCGCACGAGGCCUUCAACGACAUCCUCUUCGUGUACCCUCCAGAGCAGCGGAAGAACCAGUACGAGACCGGCGAGGUGGUCAAUCUGACGAAGGCGGGCAUCAUCUGCUGCGACCGUAUUCUCACCGUGUCGCCGGGGUACGCCGACGAGAUCCGAACCUGGCAAGGUGGUUUCAACCUUCAAGACCACAUCGCGGCCAAGAGCUGGGUGGUCUGUGGCAUCCUCAACGGCAUAGACAGCUCCUGGAACCCCUCCCGCGAUGCGAGCAUCGCCGCAAAGUUCAGCGCCGACGAUAUGGCGGGGAAGAAGCAGUGCAAGGAGGCCCUCCAGAAAGCGCUGGGGCUCAACGUCGACCCCACCGCCUGCAUCAUGUCGUUUGUUGGCCGGCUGACUGCUCAGAAGGGCCUCGACGUGCUUGGGGCGUGUGUGGAGUGGAUGAUUGAGGACGACAAGGACGGCAUGAACAGCAUUCAGCUCAUCAUCAUGGGCAACGGCGACGCGAGCUACGGUUACGUCAUGAUUUGA